UCUGGUAGUCUCCACGGCUGGGGUUUGUGUCACGGCAUGGUGCGGGGAGUUCAAUGCGAUAUAGAAUUAGCCAGGUUGUGUUGGACGUCUUGUCUAUGGUGAGGUGACGGGUUGUUCGAUCAGCAGGAAAACUGGCUGUGGAGAGUUCCUGGAGUGUCUCAGUUGGGACCUAGACUUGGAGCUGCGAGCGGGGUGAUGAGCUCAGAUUUUCUUUCUUUGUUUGAAUGUUGAGGUUUCUGGUUGCUUUAGAAAGUCUGGGAUUUCAGUACAGGCGCUGCGCAGUUCGAUUGAAACAUAAAUCACUACCGUCUGGUUUGAGGUGCAAAAGAUGAGAACUUGGGGUUACUGAGAGCAACUAACUUGAUAACUAGAAAUGGCCUAGACAUAAGCUGUUUUUUCGACUAUGAAGAUGCUGAAGCUCCAUAUUUUACAACUUAGAGAGAGAGAUAGAAAUCCGAGUUAGUUGUGGUCGCAAUAUGCAGGUGAAAAGUGUGUGUAGGGGAAUAUACAAACGGUGUUUUCGUUUUUGAAGGUGGAUUAUUCUGCGUAUGCGAGCUGCUUAAAAAGGACAUUGUGGCCAUUAAAGAACAUCUGCCGUUGUGGUAGAAUUAUUUUGCGUACAAUCUUUCCGAAGUAAUCUGGUUCGACCUCUCAACCUGCCAGAGUAGUUGGCUUUUGUAUUUGUGAGUAGCCAUGGGUAAUAGCUAUGGCAAAACAGUCCAAAAAUGCUGUGCGUGUGUAUCCCUAGAGGAGAAGCGUAAGCAUCUCCCCGGGCCCCCAGGGAUACCUCCUGCCGAAUCGCCGACGGAGACGCUGCUUCACGGGAUUCUAGAGAUCACUCUCAACGAGGUUGUGGCGUCGGGAUUUUUGAAGCUUUUCCGGAAGGUUGACGAUCUCUGGGGAGGCGUGAUUGCCAUUGUUGAGCUACCCCCAGUGCGCGUGGCACGCACUCGAGCUGUCAAGAGGUUGAAAAGAGUCAAAUUCGAGGAGUCUUUCCGCGUCUUCUGUGCUCACCUCGUAGCCUCUAUCAACGUAUUUGUAUACUCUGGAGCUGUGUACAUGGGAACGGCCAAGAUUCCCGUGACCGAGGAACUUCUGAAAGGAAAGACCAUCGAUGGAUGGUUUGAGCUUGCAGGCGACCAUGAGGGCACUGCGAAGUUUCACAUAACCUUGCGUUUCAUACAGGCUGUCAAUGACAAAUACUACAACGUCGGCGUUGCCGGAGGUGCAUUUGAGGGGGUUACACAUACGCUCUUCCCUAUGCGCAAGGGUUGCAAGGUGAUCCCCUACCAGAACGCACACAUCGACGAGACUUUCAGCCCUAAGAUCAAGCUCGACAAUGGACAAUUCUAUACUCCUGAGAAAGGUUGGGAAGCUGUCUAUCACGCCAUGAAUGAAGCCAAGAAGUUUAUUUACGUGGCUGGGUGGUCUAUUAACGCGACCAUAGCGCUCAUUCGCGACAAGGAGGGGAAGCCCUUACCUGGAAACUUAGGGGAGACCUUCGGAGAGCUACUGGUGCGCAAGGCCAACGAGGGCGUCACCGUCCUGAUGCUGAUAUGGGACGAUAAGUCUAACAACAACCAUCUUCUGACUGGUGUUAUGAAUUCACACGACGAAGACACGUUUCUGUACUUUCGGCAUACGAAAGUGCACUGUUUGUUGUGUCCCCGUAAACCUCAAGCGAAGGAGUUUAAGCUCAUCACGGGCUUCAUCUUCACGCAUCACCAGAAGGUGGUGUGCAUGGAUGCACCCGCCUUACCGUCUCCACAUCUAGCUCCGCGCAGAGUACUUGCUUUCCAAGGGGGAAUAGAUUUAUGCGACGGGAGAUAUUGUUAUCCUGCGCAUCCGUUGUUCCAGCAUCUUGACACGCUUUUCAAGCAUGAUUUCCAUCAGGGGAGCAUCGUUGGAGCUGCGCUAGUUCACGGCGGACCUCGAGAGCCUUGGCAUGACUGCUACUCCCGGCUUGAGGGGGAGAUAGCAUGGGAUGUUCACGAAAAUUUCCGGCAGCGGUGGCUGAAGCAGGCCGGUAAGAUGAGGGAGCAUCUUUUGGUGUCCAUAGAGAACCGGGAGAUUUUCUGCCCUCCUACCCCGGUAACUUCGGAGGACGAUUGUGACACAUGGAACGUGCAGCUGUUCCGCUCUCUUGACGAGACCUCCGGAGUGGAUUUUCCGCAGACUCAAACUGAGAUCUUCAAGGCGGGGCUAGUGCGUCAAGCAGCUGGAAAUGUAACCGAGAGGAGCAUCCAAGACGCAUACAUUCAAGCCAUUCGGCGAGCUAAGAGAUUCCUAUACAUCGAGAAUCAGUAUUUUCUGGGCAGCUCUCACAUGUGGGAGCCGGCUGUUCGAGACGAAUCUUGCGCGCAACUCAUACCCCUGGAGAUAGCGCUUAAAAUCGCGAGCAAGAUUCGCGCUGGCGAAGACUUCAGCGUCUACGUCGUCAAUCCUUUGUGGCCCGAUGGUGCACCGACAAGCUUGUCUGGUCAGGACAUCAUGCUGUGGCAUAGGAAAACCCUAGAAAUGAUGUACAGAAUCAUUAACAAGGCGUUGCAAGAUAUAAAUCGAGCUCAUGAGGAUAUGACCCGCUACCUGAGCUUCUACUGCCUCGGCAACCGGGAGGCUGUGAAGCCGAAUGAAUACAUACCACCACAUCCGCCGAAGGAAGGCACUGACUACUACAAAUCGCAACAGAACCGAAGGUUUAUGAUAUACUGCCAUGCGAAGAUAAUGGUUGUGGACGACGAGUACUUGAUAAUCGGGUCGGCGAACAUCAACCAGCGAUCCAUGGACGGAGGUCGAGACACGGAAAUGGCCAUGGGAGCGUUUCAGCCGCACCACACGAUGUCCGGCGCAGCGGACGGGGUGCCUCGGGGCGUAGUCCACGGCUUCCGAGUAUCCACUUGGUUUGAGCACUUGGGCUACCAGGAGGAAGUCUUCCAGAAGCCAUGGACGCGGGAGUGUAUGCAGAGAGUGAACGAGCUCGCGAGCCGCUACUGGGAGGAAUACUCACGGCCAGCGCCCAUCGUCGACAUGCAGGGGCACUUGAUGAGAUACCCCUACGUCGUCGGAGAAGACGGCAGCAUCAACGCCAUCCCGGGACAGGAGCUUUUCCCCGACUCGGAGGGACCCGUCCUGGGAGCUCACCAACCUACAUACCCAAAGAUCUUAACAGUCUGACCUCGAUUCAGCUCGAACUCCCAAUCAUCGAUCCCUUGUAAAGCUAUCAGCAGAUCGGCAGCUUCUGCGCUUUGUACAAUUGGGUGUAUGAUAACCAUUUAAUGUGCUCUUAGAGCUAGAACAUUCAAUCGGUCUCCGACUUGCAGGGUGACUUCAUGCGCCGCAUUCAUUUCUACUUCAUCGAGCAUACAAGAACCCCGGCUUCGUCGUCGUUUCAUCUCAACUGCUGUGUUGCGGGAACGUUCAGACUGUGCAGUGCGGACACGAGCUCGCGUGAGCCGUAUUUGGAAAAUCCAUCGCUACAUUGCAAACCCAUUUGGGCUGCCAAACCAUCGAUGCUGCGACAAAUGUAACAGCAAACAAACACAGAUCGUGUGUGGAGAUGAUGCUUGAGACCAACGCCAAUCACUUGCAUGGGGAAGCUCGUCCGCUGUGUAAUUUUGUUGCAAUCGCGAGCCGCGUCGCGCUAGAUUUGUCCCCCCAGUCACCGACGCACGCCGACAGAGCAGCAUUGACAGCGUCAUUACCCAUAUGUUAGGGCUAAGUGUGAUAUUUGUUAGGAUUAAUUGCACUUUGUACUCAUCUGAGCUCCCCACUUUUACAUGAUUGCUUAUUAUUUAUUGAUUUAUU